GGCCUGUUCUUGAGCAUGGUUGCGAUUCAUAUUGAUAGUGUGAGCGAGUAUUUGUGCAGUUGGUGUUUGGAAGGAGACAGAAGAAAACGAGAAGAACGCCAUUUCCUCAGAUCGAUAACCCUAAUCAUGUUGCGGAGAUUCCUCUCUCAUUCCAAUCUCAAAUCUCUACACACGGCGCUCUCACCUUCUCGUCCCCGAUUCGCCGCUCCUCUCCUCACCCGCCACGUCACUGCUCAAUCAGGCGCUUCUUCCGUUAGAAAGAGGGUCGAAGAUGUCGUGCCAAUUGCUACCGGCCACGAGCGUGAGGAGAUUCAGGCCAGUCUCGAGGGAAGGGAUAUUCUUGAAAUCAACCAUCCUGAAGGUCCUUUCGGCACAAAGGAAGCCCCUGCUAUUGUUAAAUCUUACUUUGACAGAAGGAUAGUUGGAUGCCCAGGAGGUGAAGGUGAAGAUGAGCAUGAUGUUGUAUGGUUUUGGCUGGAGAAUGGCAAGCCUCAUGAAUGUCCUGUGUGCUCACAGUACUUUGAGCUCAAAGUGGUCGGACCUGGUGGUGAUCCUUAUGGACACGGCGAUCAUCAUUGAUUUCAUCCCGCAAUUUUCUUUCAGAAAUAAAAUUUGCAAAGAGAAGAGAGACAAUUUCACCUCUCAAAAUUACGAGGCCUCGUUUUGAUUGGUCUAUAUACCUUGCAGUUUUGCGAGUUUAGAAUAGAAAAUUUUUCAGUAUUUAUUAGACACAAGCUGGUCAUUCGAUUGAGCUAUCAAAUCCCGCAAGGAUGUCUUUUUUGGCUCUGCCAAAUAAUUGAUAGCAACACUGAUUCUUUGUCGAUUCUUGAAUAUAGAGCCUUCAACUAUUUUUAGCACCCCUAAACCACGAAAGGGCGUAAGGGACUACAAAUGUGAUCGAAUUGAAUAAUUACUAGCAAUGCAGAUGGAGACAACUCAAGUAUUUUCCUUUUUGUUAAA